CUUCUUCUUCUUCCUCAUCGUUUCUCUCUCUAGCUCUCUUUCUCUCACACACACAUACACACACAAAUUCUCUGUACGUGUCGGCGAACACAACGAUCGGCGGAAAUCUAUCCUUAAGGCAUUGAAUUUCAGUAAUCGAUCUUACACAAGGAAGGAACCAUGAAUACCGAGUAUGAUUACCUCUUUAAGCUCUUGCUUAUUGGAGAUUCUGGAGUUGGAAAAUCUUGUCUUCUUCUAAGAUUUGCUGAUGACUCAUAUUUGGAGAGCUACAUUAGUACUAUUGGAGUUGAUUUCAAAAUCCGAACAGUUGAGCAGGAUGGAAAAACCGUUAAACUUCAAAUUUGGGACACAGCUGGACAAGAGCGUUUCAGGACAAUUACAAGUAGCUACUAUCGCGGGGCACAUGGGAUAAUUGUGGUUUAUGAUGUGACGGAUCAAGAGAGUUUCAACAAUGUCAAGCAAUGGUUAAGUGAAAUUGAUCGCUAUGCUAGUGAGAAUGUAAACAAGCUACUUGUCGGUAACAAGUGUGACCUUACGUCACAAAAGGUUGUAUCCUAUGAGACGGCCAAGGCAUUUGCAGAUGAAAUUGGUAUUCCUUUCAUGGAAACUAGUGCGAAAAGCGCCACCAAUGUUGAACAAGCUUUCAUGGCCAUGACUGCCGAUAUUAAGACUAGGAUGGCAAGCCAACCUUCUAUGGGCAAUGCGAAGCCUCGGACAGUUGAAAUUCGAGGGCAACCGGUUAACCAAAACUCUGGAUGCUGUUCUUCCUGAUUAUGAUAUGAGAUGGAAUCGUGUUCUAUGUAAAAUUACUUUGGAUUCAUUUGUCCUCUAUUUUAUUUUAAAGUAUAGACUCCAUUCUUUCUUACAAAUUGUAUGACAAAGAAACCAAGGAAGUAUAUAACAGGGAUUGUUUAUUAUUCCUACUCUUUGUUUCUUUUUUCUUCUCUAUAUUUGGUCAAAUUUGGAAACAUUGUUUAAUUUA